AUGGUUGUCAUCCCUUCCGACGAUACCGUGUGUCGGCUGACACCAUCAACACUUAUCUCCUCCUACAGCAGAAAUUCUCUCCCAACACCUUUGCUUUCCUUUUUUUCCUUUAAACCUCAAUUAAUUUGUUACUUGAGCAAUUGGUUGAACAAAAUGAAACGCAAGCCAAUGCUUGCAGCUAUUGAAAAAAAUGAAAGAAGGUUGAUGCUUCUUGGCUUCAUAUCACCCCUUCUUGUAGUUACCUCCAGCAGUACAUCCAAUAUUUGUAUCGGUCCAAAAGACUGAUCAUUACAAAGCAUAUUAAAAGAGAAGAUAAUUUGCCUCACUUUUUGGCUUCAAAUGAUGCAUCAUUCUGUAGAUGUUCAAGAGGAAUGUGCAAAGCUUGGUACACUUGAAUCACUCAAGGACAAUGACAAUUUUGAGUUCAUCGGGCCAACUUUGUUCACAAUUUAUUGUUAGUACAUUGCUAUUUCAAGAUGCUUUAAUGUUGUUAUAAUACUAUUUUUGAUUUUAUUAUUAGAAUUUUCUUUUAGAAUAUGUGCAGU